AGCAUUAUAGUCCCAAUAUUCAAUCACAUUUCUUAGAUCUACAAAAUUAAAUCAACUACUCUCUCUCUCUCUCUCUUUUUCUAUAGAAAAAGAAAAAUUAAAAGAUAAAAGAGAGAUCUUUAAAUUAAAGAACAGAGAGUAGAGAGAAGAUUAUUAAUUAUAUAUAUAUAUAGUGAGAUCAGAUUAUAGAUAUAUAUAUAAUGGGGAGUUUAGGAACAGAGAUUAGUGAGGAGUAUUGUAUUAAUAAUGAUGAUUUGAUUAUAAUAGAAGAAGAAGAAGAAGAGAGUUGUGGUAGUUGGAGUAAUAAUAAUGGUUAUAAUGGUGUUAAUAAUGGUAAAUUACCUUUAUUAUCCCUUAACCAUGUUUCUUAUGUUUGUAAAUCAGUGGCUAAAUCUGUCAAAUUUUAUGAACAAGUUUUGGGUUUUGUUCUUAUCAAAAGACCUUCUUCUUUCAAGUUUGAAGGAGCUUGGUUAUUCAACUAUGGAAUUGGGAUUCAUUUACUUGAGGCAGCAGCUAUAGCUGAUGAAUCAAGUAACAAAAAUAAUAAAAACAUUAAGAAAAAAAUAAACCCAAAAGACAAUCACAUAUCAUUUCAAUGUUCAAAUAUGAGUUUAAUUAUGGAAAAAUUAGCUCAAUUGAAUAUUCAUUAUGUAACUGCUGUGGUUGAAGAAGGUGGAAUCAUAGUAGACCAACUCUUUUUUCAUGACCCAGAUGGUCAUAUGAUUGAAAUUUGUAAUUGUCAAAAUUUACCUGUUUUACCACUUGUCUCUUCUUCGUCUUCUUGUUCUUCUUGUCCUCUCAACAAGUUCAAAUCCGUCACCAAUGUUGAUGUUGCUGAUGAUGUUGUUGCUUCGAGUGUAAGCAAAAUGAAUAAGCGAUGUUCUGAAGCCGCGGCUGUGAGUAUGAUGGAUAAUUUGGUUAUGGAUAUGAUGAACAUUUAUUUAUGAGAGUCUUGUGUUAUAUCAAUAUGAUUAUUAAAGAGUGUGUUUUGUGAAAUGGUUUUGUUGUUUUGUAUAGAGAGUUGUAAAGAUAGGGUGAUCUAUGGCUCUUUUUUUAGUCA